UCUGCAUUGUUUUAGAGUCUAUUCUACGCAUAGAAUUUCUCUCUCUCCCUUUUCUUUUUUCCUUUCCUUCUCCUUUCAAUUGGAGGUUUGACCCUGGCAGUGUCUAUGUUUGCAUCACUAUCAUCAUCAAAUUCAUCAUUAUCGCUUCUGCAUUCUGCAUUAUGGUUAUCGGUGCAAUGGUUUUGGUCAUUUACUUUUUUUGUAUUGUUAUACUUACUCCUCCCCUUUUGCCUGUCUAUCGGUUUGUUACGCGACUAUACCAUGUUUCACGUACACGUCCAACAUCCAACAUCUUAUAACUUACAUGCAAUAUCAGAAAAUCAGAUUCCAUAAACUACAAUCAUUAUUAUCAUUUAUUUAUUGUCCACUUCUCGUCAUGUCGGCAUAGCAUUUGUGACCUUGUAUGUAUUAUAUUUUUAUUUC